GAUUUCACAUUCGAGGCUCCUGACAUUUCCCGCCAAUUUGUUCAUGGUGGAUUGUCUGAGAGGGAGGAAUGUACAUUAGGACGUACGGAAAAGGUUUAGAACAACUUACCCACCAGGAUGGAAAUGAAUACAGAGUUGGUGUGUGUUAUGGCCAGUCUUGGCUAUGGUGAUGGAGAAGAUUACUUCAAAGGCAUUGACUGCUAGGUAUGUUUAAAGUGACUAAUUAUCUUGUUUUUCUAAGUGAGCUAGGUACUUUGUUCUGAAUGGAUAUAUUGAAAGAUUUAAACUAGAAAAUUCAAAUUUCUUCUCUUUAUUGGAUUUCUUUCAGAGAGCCUUAAAGAUAUGAUCAGGUUCCUGAGACACGAAGAUUUGCAAACAUGCGACAUCAGAAGGCAAAUGGGACAUGCAAAGGUUCUGGAAAAUGAUCUGGUGCCCUUGCUUAUUUCAAAUUCUGAUGACAAAGAACUAACUGACAUCGUUCUUAGGUUACUUGUCAAUUUGACUUCUGCGCCACACCUCUGUUUUGAACAAAAUCCCAUUGAUGAGGCAAAAAACCUGUCCGCUGAGAGAAAAGCACACGAGUUGCAACUGACGUCAUACUUACAGUCAUACAAAGAGGCAUUUACAAACAAGCUUGCGAUGUCUGCAGUCAGUAGUAAUUUAGGUGGUAUUCUACAAAAGGACCCCGUAGACCGAGAAGAGGAAGACAAUUUAUUGCUUGAAAGAAUCCUGCUAUUGAUUCGAAAUUUGCUUUACGUUCCUGCUGAUCCAGACAACGAAAAGCGCACAGAUGAUGACGUUACUGUCCAUGAUCAGCUAUUGUGGAGCCUGCAUGAAAACGGAAUUGAUGAUUUGUUGAUUUACAUUUCCGGCGCUGAAAAUGAGACCAAUUGGUGUAUGCAUGCUUGCGAAAUCUUUUCUUACAUGUUCAGAGAACAGAAUGCAGAAGAGUUGGCAGUUGCUAGUGAGAUGAGAUCUAUCAAGGAAAAAGAGGAAGAUGCAGAUGUACUAAAGACUACACUUGCAAAAGAAAGACAAGCAAAGCUUAAAAUGAUUGAGCAUCGUGGUUCUAGGCAUUCACGAUUUGGUGGUUCUUUCUGGGUCAAGGACCGUAAAGCACUUAAAGACGAUGAAGAUCUUGUUUACCACAGAACAUUACAAAGUGUCAAAGACAUGACUUAUGAUUUCGACAAGACCCCCGAUAAGAAACGUAAGCUAAAAAUGCCUUUGAUAGAAAGAGAUGAAGACAGGAAGUCAACUCUCAGUGUCAGACUGUUUCUUAAAGAAUUCUGUACCAAGUUCCUGGAGAAUGGAUAUAAUAAUCUAAUGAGUGCAGUCAAGAGUAGUAUAGAUUCCGGAAAAACGCAGAAAAAUGACGAAUCCUUUUAUCUCAUCGUUAUGAGGUUUUUCAUGAUGUUCAACAGAAUUCACGAAUUUAGAGUUGACUACGUAAGUCAAACAUUUGGCUUGCAGCUGUUUAGUUUUAUACUAAAGAUACUUUACAAGAAUAUCGACGAAUAUGAGAUGCAUAAACCAACCAAAGGAAGAGAUGCAAAGAUUCAAUGCAGUCGAAGAAUACAUCUGGCUCUGAAGGCUUAUAAAGAGCUUCUCAUGUAUGUGGCCGCAAUGCUGAAGAGCAAGGAUACAAACCUUGUGUCAGCCGCUGAGGUUAUCGAAAAUAACAUAUUCUACAUUGAAGAAUACAGAAAUAUCUUUCUUUCUCUUCUGAGGACAUGGAAUGUUGCGUUUCAAACGAGGCCGCAUCUGAAAGAUCUCGUUGAAUCUUUCCAUUUAUAUCUGAAGCUGUUUGACUGCUUUUUGAAGGAGAAAGGAACAUUUUUAACGCAUAAGAAGAAAGUUCGAAAAACAGUUAAGAAAUCCAAAUCAACACUGAAUUCAAAGAUAUGUCCUAUUGAAAUCCCAUUGCAACAGGCGGAAACACUUUGGGAAGAUGAAAUUUCUGUUUCAUUAUCUGCACGCAUGCAAGGGCGAGAUGGCGGUCUUCCUGAUCUAGAUGCAAUACCCUUCGAUGCCAUAUCUGAAGUCCCCGUAGAGGAGCAAAUAAUUCAAGCACUGGCGGUGAUUCAAAGACUUCUGCGAUGCAAUCAGACUGGAGAAGCAGUUGCGUAUUUAAGAGCAGCCAGAGACUCCUGGCCGGAUGAAAACAAGUUUGGUGCAAUUGACAUGUCUAUCGAGGACGAGUUCAUGUGCAUCAGAGACAUUUACUUCACAGAAUUUCCAAAUGAGGUUCUUCAAGUGGCUGACGUGAAAAUGAAUGAAAUGGAGCCGGAACAACACGAAGAGAUUGUUGAAGAAGAAAUUGAGGAGCAAAGCAGAAUUGUUCAACAAGGCGAGAAGGUUUUUGAGCUAAAGUCCUUUUUAAAAAUGUUAGCGCGUCCACAUAUAGUUGCACCGUAUUGUUAUCUAUUGAAAUCUUAUGAUCAGAAUAAAGAACACAGCAACCAUUGCAUAAUCAAGAUGUUGCAUCGUAUAGCUGUCGAUCUGGAGGCAUAUCCUAUGCUCUUUCAACUGUCUUUGUUCAUGACAUUCAAGAAGAUUCUUAGUGAGCCAAAAUUAGAUUGCUACAAGGAGAUCCAAGGCUUCGCAAAGUUUAUUCUUUGCAAAUUCUUUGAAGUGUAUAAGUCUAACCCAAUGGUUGUGGUUGAGCUUCUUUUUUGGAAAAGCAACACAGAAUGUUACGAAAUUAUUGAAGGCUAUGGAUCGCUCGAGAGCAAAAGAAAUAGCACUAAGCAUUCAGAAGUUGGAAAGUGGACCUUUGAAGAGGAGCAAGAGCUCAUGGAUUUCUUUGAAGAGUUUAAAGAAACUGACGAUGUUAUUGAAAAAAUCUCGGAACGUCUGAUGGAGAAAGGACGAACUACCAAACAGAUACGGAAUAAGCUUGUUCGCUUGCAUCUCAUUGAGAAGGCUCAUAGACGAAAGGCAAACGAAUGGACAGAAGACGAAACGGACGAGAUUCGCAGACUUUAUGAAGAAUUUAAGGAAACUAAUGAACCAAUCACAAACAUUUUGAAUUCGAAGACAUGCAACAAGUCAAAGAAAGCGAUAAUAUCUCACCUUCUUGAAAUUGGUUUAGUAAGUGACAGGAAAGACUUACAAAAAAAGCGAAAAAAGAAAAAAACAGUCAAUAUUGAAAAAGACGUCGACACAAGUGAUCAUGAAUUAAUAGUUGACGAGCAGCAUGUUAAUAGCAGGGAAGAACUAUCAGACUUGGAAGGUGACGCUGGAUCUGAUAGCAAUAUGGAAGGUGAUAACGGUCCUUUCAGAGAUGACAACGCUGGAGCCGAACAGUUGCCAUUCUUUUCGUCAUUAUCUCAGGUUUUAAGAAAACUUAGGGAUGAAGGUUUUGCUAACGAGAUUGACUGGAUAAAAAGUCGUUUUACUAGGCUGGCAAACGAGCGAGAAGUUAUGGAAGAAGAUGAUUGGCAGUCUAUCCCUCUUGUACCAAUCACUGAAGACCACGAAAAUGCAUUGUCCAACAAGCUGUUUCAGAAGAUGCUGAAGACAAUUGGUAUUUCACCUCCAGCUAACGAACAGGAAACAUUCUGGCGAAUAUCAGCAAGUCUUAGCCCGUCAGAACUUCGAGACUUUGCGGAUGAUUUAGGAAAAUUCUUAAAGCCGGAUAUUUCUUUGGAGGAAAGGCAGCAAGUACCAAGAGCCGCAGAAUAUUUUAUCAGUGAAUCAAAUAGCAACAAAAAGGAUGAAAGUGAUGAUGACAUAUUCGAGAAUUUUGUUGCUGUAAACAGAAGAAGAGAUAUUGUCGCAACAGAAGUUGAUACUGAAAUACAAUCCAAAUCUGACAAUGUAAACUUUGGCAAUUCCGAAGAAGAAUUUCCUGAUGCGAAUUUGAUUACAAGUGAGGAAAAACCUGUAGAAAGGGCAACUAGCCUUCCAGCUACAGAUGAAACAUGCUUUGAGGUAAAUGUGGACAGCGUCAAUUGGUCUGCGAAAACGUCGAUCAAACGUAGCAGAGAUGCAGCUUUUGUUGAAAGCACAGAAGGGACUGACAUGGCUAGUGAUGGCAGUAGUGAUGAAACUGCGAGAAAAGAGAAAAGGAGAAAAAAAGUUUACAUAAGUGACGAUAACGAAGACGACAUUGAAGAGUAAGAGUGUUGAUCCAGUUUCAACCUUGAUUUUUCAAUUAGAAGAAUACCUGGCUGAACAUUAGAAACUUUUAGAAUACCAUAUAUAUUCGUAAUUUUACAGCACAGUGUAUUUAUUUUUCUUUUUAAUCUAAAUUGGCUAAAUUGUUUCUUUAAAUUUAAUGUCUUUUAGUCUUAAA